AAAAAAAAAAAAUCCUAAACCAUAAACCCUACCGAAAAACAUGCUAACACGAAACACAGAGAACGUAGAGAAGUCCCUGUCCAGUCUUGCUACUUCCGGCAGCUCCAUUUUCCAUUUCCUCUUACUUUUAGACCGUCAAUCGUUACAUAUUGGGGCAAUGUUCAGAGCUGCAUUAGCUGUUGCUUCAUCAAUCAGGUCCUCAACUUCCAGGAAAUUGGUUUCUAGUAGGGUUGUUUCAAGCAGAAAUUAUGUUGCCAAAGAUAUCAGUUUUGGUAACCACGCACGGUUAGCCAUGUUACAAGGAGUUAAUGAGCUUGCAGAAGCUGUAAAAGUCACUAUGGGACCAAAGGGUCGUAAUGUAAUUAUUGAGAGAAGCCCAGGGAAUCCCAAGGUCACAAAGGAUGGUGUCACUGUAGCCAAAAGCAUCAACUUUAAGGAAAAGGCAAAGAAUGUGGGAGCUGAUCUUGUGAAGCAGGUUGCUAACGCUACUAAUUCAGUUGCUGGAGAUGGUACCACCUGUGCAACUGUGCUUACUCAGGCAAUUUUCAUAGAAGGUUGCAAAGCUGUUGCUGCAGGUGUAAGCGUGAUGGAUUUGCGUACUGGUAUUAACAUGGCCGUUGAUGCUGUUGUUGCUGACUUGAAAAGCAGAGCCGUCAUGAUUAGCACCCCGGAGGAGAUUACACAGGUAGCAACUAUAUCUGCAAAUGGUGAAUGUGAAAUUGGGGAACUAAUAGCUCGAGCCAUGGAAAAAGUUGGGAAGGAAGGAGUGAUUACUGUUGCUGACGGAAAUACGUUAGAUAAUGAGUUGGAAGUGGUGGAAGGCAUGAAGCUUGGCCGUGGUUAUAUAUCUCCUUAUUUUGUCACGGACGUGAAGACUCAAAAAUGUGAAUUGGAAAAUCCAUUGAUCCUUAUUCAUGACAAGAAAAUCUCAGAUUUGAACUCGCUUGUGCGGAUAUUGGAGCUUGCUCUUAAGAGAAGGAGGCCUCUGUUAAUUGUUGCUGAAGAUGUGGAAAGUGAUGCAUUAGCUAUGCUUAUCCUAAACAAGCAUCGUGCUGGGAUUAAGGUCUGUGCCAUUAAAGCUCCUGGUUUUGGGGAUAAUAGAAGAUCCAACUUGGAGGACCUCGCAGUUCUUACUGGAGGAGAAGUCAUUAGUGCAGAACGCGGUUUAGAUCUGAACAAAGUUCAAAUUGAUAUGCUUGGUACUGCUAAAAAGGUUACUGUUUCCCUUGAUGACACCUUAGUUCUGCAUGGAGGUGGGGACAAAAAGUUAAUUGAAGAAAGGUGUGAGCAGCUAAGAAUAGCCAAGGAAAAGAGUAGUGCCAUGUUUGAUAAGGAGAAAGCUCAGGAGCGUUUGUCAAAACUAUCUGGUGGUGUUGCUGUGUUCAAGGUUGGAGGGGCCAGUGAGGCGGAAGUUGGGGAAAGGAAAGAUAGGGUUACAGAUGCCUUAAAUGCAACAAGGGCUGCUGUGGAAGAGGGCAUUGUUCCAGGUGGCGGUGUUGCUCUCCUAUAUGCAACCAAAUGUCUUAAAGGCCUUCAGACUGCAAAUGAUGGCCAAAGAAAGGGAGUCGAGAUCAUUGAGAAUGCUCUCAAGGCACCUACUUUUACAAUAGCUUCAAAUGCCGGCACUGACGGUGCCUUGGUUGUAGGCAAGCUCUUAGAACAAGAUGAUUCAAAUCUAGGAUAUGAUGCUGCUAAAGGUACGUACCAACACAUGGUGAAGGCUGGAAUUAUUGAUCCCGUGAAAGUAGUUAGAACAGCAUUGGUGGAUGCUGCCAGCAUCUCUUUGCUAUUGACGACAACUGAGGCUGCCAUUGUGGACCGUCAAGGGGAGAUAAACCCACUUGCAAACCGCAUGCCAAACAUGGGUGAUAUGUACUGAUAUUGCAAACACAGAUGAACUUGAUGAUCGUGUUGUGGCUGUGACGAAGCAGUCCUAAGACGGGUUACUCUAAGGGACACACUGUUGAUUUAUUCAUUUAGGUAAUGCAAGAAAUUUAUGGUCCCUUCAUACAAGUUUUAGUCCUUUUUGAACCUUAAAUGGUUACUUAGAAAUUGAUUAGGAAGUUAUGUAUUGACCACAAAUAUUGAAGAAGAAACUGUUAAUAACCCAUUGUGUAUUUGAAAGUUUUUGUCAGGGAUUACAGAUAGCUCCAUGUCUCAUUGACCUCUUACUAGCCAUGUCCCAGAAAGAAAAUAAUUUGCUGCCACUAUUAUUUGCAGUCACAAUUUCUGAGUAGUAAAUUUGGAAUGGUUUUUUGCA